AGCUGCACGCGGUUCCGGUUGCGCGCUGGAAUCGGACACUAUACCCCCCUCGGGCUCCUACACCCAGGCGAGUCAACUCAACACGAGUUGGUCGACCGACGCCAUUCGAUCACGGGGAUGCAGGUGAGCGGCGAAAUGACGGUGAUCGGCGUCGGCAGCCUCCUCGCUCUACAGAUUACCGCGGUGCUUGCGCAGCUGCUGGGACGAGACGACGCAGGAGAACUAAACCUCGGUCUCGCGUGCUUGCCGCACUACAUGCUGGUGACGCUGAACACGACGCAACCAUUCUACGGCAAGAUCAGUAGCCUCUACGACUCCACAUGCUUCACGCACGGGGUUGGCGAAAGGACAACACAGCUCCUAUUACCACUCGACGAGUGUGGCAUGUACAAUGAGACGCUGUUCUAUCGAAACCAGAUACAGGCUCAGCGACGCCCUAAUGAGGUGGACGAUCUACGUGAUCCAGUAAAGACGCUAACGUGCCACUACGCUCUCCCGAUUCCUCCCUACAUCCCGGCAAAACCGGAGGAAGGAAAGUUUGUGGCACCAGCGGCGAUCGUCACGGGAGGGCUAAGCGACCGCGACAUUCUCCUGCUCGUAUGCAUCCUCGCCUUCCUCAUCAUGCUGACCUGCUGCUGCGGAUGCGCCUACUACUGCAUGCGCAAGCGAGGCGUCAAGCUCAUUCGAGCAAAGCCGAGUCCGCCGACGUCGUACGCCGCCAGCGACAUCACGGCCGUCACGUCGGCGGGCAGGAUCACGCUGGUCGGCGUCGACGUGCGCUCGAGCCGCCACGAGCUGAGCCGUGAGAGCGCGCUCGGCCGCUAUUCGAUGUCCGAGCUGGUGUCGACCAGCGGCUACCACCUCUACGAGCCGUCGUCGUCGGAGGGCUACUCGUCCGGCCAGUGGAUGGACGACGCGGAGAGCGUCGGAAGUCCGGUGCCGGCUCGCUUCGACGCCGGGCCGCUGUCGCUGCCGCGGCCGGCGGUGUACGCGCGCCAGCCGGUCGUUGACGGCGACACGGACGUGCUCACGAGGGACACGAUGACGACGACGACGACGAUGCGCAGGAGAGAGGUGAUCGAGACACACGAGAAUCAUGCGUUUGAGGCCGACGACGAGCGCGAGAGCGGAUCCGCGUCGCCGCCGUCGCCGCCAGGGGGCUACGCGUCGCCGCCGUCGCUGCCGUCACCGCCGUCACCUCUAGGUGGCUACGAUCCGGCGAGCGCCGACACGUACGUCGGCGAGCGGCCGGACGCGUUCGUUAACACGAUCGUCGAGCGCACGCAGACGACGACGGUGACGGAGGAGAUGACGCAGGAGACGACUAAUAUCUACCACGAGGAGAAGACGCCGCCGCGGCAGGAGAGGGAGAAGGAGGAGGAAGACGUUGAAGAGGAGGAGGAGCAGGAGGGGCCAGAAGCGGCGCCGUCGCUCAGCGCGUCGAUGCGUAAUGAUGCCGCUCCGACGAGCGUCUUCGUCAAGGCGCCCUCUGGCGACGCAGACGAGGCGAACCAGUCGUGGCACCUUGCGCUCGUCGACAUCGAAAGCCAGGUGAGCACGGAGCGGGGAGCGGCCGCUGUGUCGCCACCAGCGGCCGCUGUGGCGCCACCAGCGGCCGCUGUGGCGCCAGCAAUGGCAACGCGCAUCUCCAUCGCUAGCCAGGCGCCGGCAGACGAUGCGGUCGCGAGAAGAUUCGAAUUCGAUCCCGGAUCACCGCCGUGGGGCAGCGACCUGCGCUCUCCGGAUCCGUCGCGUAAGCUGCGACGACAGCAGGAGUUGUGCAACGCCGACAUAGCGAACGACCCGACGAAGUAUCACUUCACGAAAAGAUGGCUGGAGUGGUCCAGUCAAGAUGACUUGACGGGCGACGCGAACGCGAACGGCGCUUCCGCUGACAGUCAGAAUUACGCGCGGCUUGCUGGCGGUGACGAACGCGACCUCUACCGGGUCUAUAAGGGUCAGCGGUCGCUGACUCCGGAUACGAACGGCCAUGGCGACGAGCCGCGGUCCAUCUCUGAGGCGCUGGUUCUUCGCGACGUCGCCGAGCACAGUUCCUGCUGCACGUGCCACGACGCGCGCGCCGCCGACGCCGCCGACGACCCCGACGACGACGAAACCCGGCAGCACGUCUGUGGCGCCCCCGAGCGGCCGCCGCGAUUCGCGAAAAACGAGCAGGCGCGAGCAUGCUCGACUAGAGGGCAACGCUAUCGCAGCCGGUCGUCGUACGCCGGCUCGAUGCGCAGCAGCGACCCGGGAGGACGCGAGGACGACGAGAUGCGCUCCCUGCCGGAGAUCCACGUCACCGACACGCUCGCUUAUUACCCGGAGCCGGACUAUGACAUCUAGCCGAUGAGUAUCGUCGCCCAGUGGCUAUAACAUCUCCAGCUAUCACAUCCCAAGCUGUCGGAGAAAAAUAGAGAUAAUCAAUGCGUCAACCUUUAGUAAAGAUUUAAUGACCACUUUGGCCCCGUAGUCAAGCAAGGAACAGAACGCUCGCCUCAACCUUUGACGUGUGGGGUCACGGUGUGGUUUUUUGGCGGGGUGAGAGUAUGUUUUUUCCGUCCGUCGCGCUAUACGGAAAAAAAUCGGAGUCGUGCGGUAUUACAUUGAGUACAUCAGGUGUGAAUUAAACUCUAUUUUUAUUCACUCUUGGUUAUAUACAUGCAACCAGAAGUAGAUAAUAGAGAGUCUCUUUAUUCAUUAUGCAUUCAUUAGGAUUUACUCCUGAUGCAACACUGCAUGAGUCUCGCUUUUCGGUGAUUUCGAGCGUUUUUUCCGGAGAUUGUUGUGCAUUGUUGUCAGUUAUCAUGUUUUCCUUUCGUGUAAUUAAUUAUUUAUUGACUCGAAAAAGCGACGGAGUGUAUAGACAUUUUUUGCGGAGUAUUAGUUAGGCUCAUAGGGUCUAUGUCCCCCAGGGUACGUUCCGGCAGUACCCCGGGGGACAUAGACCCUCUCAGCAUUAGUUAGCUAGGUACGUGCUACUUGAUUAAACUCGUCUGUAUAGCUUUUUUUUAAAGUUCUCCGAAAAAAUGCUGUUGAAUGAUAAGAAUUGCGAUAACAGAAACCCAAAUACUCUAUAUCAACACUUCGGAUUUGUAAACAAAUAUGACGUGAAUAGCACAAAUCGAAAACACUCACACUUUCUCUCCCGAACUCUCAUUCUUUCCGUCUCGCUAUCCUUGCUCCAUCUCUUUCUCUCUGCUCUCUC